CCCGGACCUGGUUGCUACCUUUGCUCCCGACACCUCGAUUCUUGUCUCCCCCCCCUCCACCGACGCAGAGUGAGAGGCUAAAUACCAGCAAUCAUGUCGUUCCGCCCCGGCUCCCGCAUCUUCAGCUCCUUCCGACCUUUCUUCCAGCGCGCAAAUGCCCGCCGACGAGUCAACACAGCUGCCAGCGCCGAGCCCACUGGCUUCGCAAAGUUCUGGAACAGCCCCAUUGGGCCCAAGACUGUGCACUUCUGGGCUCCCGUCAUGAAAUGGGGCAUGGUGCUCGCUGGCGCUUCCGACUUCACGCGCCCCGCCGAGUCGCUCUCCUUCACCCAGAACUUCGCCCUCAUGUGCACUGGUGCCAUCUGGACACGCUGGUGCUUCGUCAUCCGCCCCAAGAACAUUGCUCUUGCCGCCGUCAACUUCCUCGUCUUCUGCGUCGGUGGCACACAGGUCGGCCGCAUUUACCUUUACAACCAGAGCUUGAAGAACACAGAGGGCCAGGCAAAGGGCGAGAUGCAAGACUUGAAGCACACUGCUCAGCAAGCUGAGAAGGCGCUCAAGUAAGUGUUUACAUGGGAAUGAACGGGCGAUAGUAUGAGGGUUAAGUCGUUGUUUUCUCGCAUCAGGGCAAGGAAAGGCGAGUGGGAGAAUGCCGAACAAGAAAAAAUGUACCAUCAUCUAUCUUGUACUAUCCUCCACUGCAUGAGGUUUGAAUCUUGAAGCAUAUAGAGGAACUCAUCCUCGAAGCCUUUCUCCAAUUCGGCCGUGCUGCUCUCAACUUCUGAUAUGCAGGGUGCUGUCUACAAGUGAUUUUGGGUUGGCACGACUAGACGUACAUCUCGCAAUCUGUUCAUGCAGCAUAUAUUACAUUCACCAUAGCUAAGGCGCCGUGACAUACAUAGCAUACUAUACAAAAAAAGGGUCAACCGCAACUCCUGAAAGAAAAAGAAAAGCAACUCAGGGCCCUGGGACCCGGACCCAAAACGCCAAUGCACAUCGGACACCCUGCAUUGUACCCAAAAAAAAGCGCCGUUCAAUUAAGAGAC